AUGAAUGCACCUGGAAAUAAUCAAAUGAUUGCCCCAAAAAUUCAAAAGCAAUUGGUGAAUGCUUGUGCAGUUGAGACUACAAAUGCUAUUCUAGCUGAUCUUGGAGAUAGGUGGUUCACUUUACUACUUGAUGAGGCUCGUGACUGUUCAGUGAAAGAGCAAAUGACAGUUGUUAUUAGAUAUGUGAACAAACAUGGAGAGGUGAUUGAACGAUUUAUGACUGUAGUUCAUAUUGCAACAACUACAGCUGCUUGUUUGAAGGAGGCAAUCGACUCUUUAUUUGCUAAAUAUGGUUUGUCAGUGGCGAGAUUGAGGGGUCAAGGAUAUGAUGCUUUUGCUCAAGAAAAUCAAUAUGUUUGUGAUUUCAUGUGGAUUGUUGGUUCGAUUGUAAACACAUCUGCAUCAUCUUGCAAAAGGGCCGAUAAACUUCGACAACUUGAACAUGACAGAAAAGUUAAACUUCUUGAAAGAGGAGAGAUUAGUUCUGGUAGAGGACUAAACCAAGAAACUAGUCUAGCUAGACCUGGAGAUACACGAUGGGGGUCUCAUCAUUCAACUUUAUGUCGUAUUGAACAAAUGUGGCCAUCUGUUAUAGAGGUUAUCGAUAUUAUUCUACAGGAGAUGGAUAGUUGUUUCACUGAAACAACUACAGAUUUGUUGAUUUAUAUGUCAGGCCUUGAUCCUAGGAACUCAUUCUCUAGAUUUGAUGUACAGAAGUUAGUGCGUCUAGCUCAUUUUUAUGAGGAUGAUUUUUCUUGGAAUGAGCGUAUGUUGGUUGAACAAGAGAUUGAAACAUAUAUUGAUGACGUCAGAUCAGAUGAACGAUUUGAAGGCAUUUCAGAUUUGGGAGCUCUUGCAAAGAAAAUGAUUGAAACAAUGAAGAACCGUGUAUUUCCUUUGGUUUAUCGGAUGAUUGAGCUAGCCUUACUUCUUCCAGUUGCUACUGCAACCGUUGAAAGAGUGUUUUCGGCAAUGAAUAUUGUCAAAACAGAUUUGCGAAAUAGGAUUGGAGAUGAAUGGAUGAAUGAUAGUUUGGUAGUCUAUAUCGAGAAAGAUGUUUUUAAUACUGUCGACAAUGAGCCAAUUUUACAACGUUUUCAUAACAUGGAAUCUCGAAGAAUGCAAUUGUCACGUAUUUGUUAG